CCUUGCGAUUCGCGAUCAGCCACCGACGCGCCGCGCCAUCCCUCGCCUCGACCGAGAACCGGGCACGCAUCCCGUAACCUGCACAGCGCGCAACGAGAGCGACGAGCCGACGAGCGACACAGCUCCUGCCGCCUGCCAAGCGGGCUCCGCGCUCGUUAUCCUGACUGCUCUCUCCGCAAGCCUCCAAAACAGAGAGCCCCCAACCCAAACACGUGGCGCGCGGCGCUUUCUGACGCCGCCACCACAAGAAGGCCUCGCGCUCCCGUCCUUCUAAUCCGAACGAGUGAGGGAGAGAGGGAGGAACAGGAGCAGAGGAGUCCAAGAAGCGCGGAGUCUGCAGCGGGUGAUGGCGGAGGAGGCGCCGCCGGCUGCGAUGGUGGGGGAGGGCGCGGGAGCGGCGGCGGGGGAGGCGGCCGAGGACUUUGGGCUGCCCGCGGAGCUGAUGCUGGUCCUGCCGGCGGACCCGUUCGCGCAACUGGACGUGGCGCGCAAGAUCACCUCCAUCGCGCUUUCGUCCCGCCUCGGGCGGCUCGAGGCCGAGGCGGCCCGGCUCCGCGCGCAGCUCGCCGAGCGCGACGCCGAGGCCGAGGACCUCCGGGAGCUCAUCGAGCAGCUCGACGCCAAGCUCGACGUCACAUCUGGCCGCCUCCGCCGCGCCGAGGAAGAGAAGGAGACGCUGCUGAGCGAGAAAGCGUCGCUGUCCAACACCGUCAGGAAGCUGUACAGAGAUGUCGCCAAGUUGGAAGUUUUCAAGAAGACACUUAUGCAGUCACUCCAGGAAGAUGAAGAUAAUCCUAAUGCUGCUCCCAGGGUAAGAGUUACCGAAACUUCGAAUUUCUCCGCUGCAACAUCUGUUACAGGUUUUUACUCAGAUGAAGAUUCUGCAUUUCCAACUUCCAAAUUGUCACAGUUCUCGGAAACUGGAAGUACAGUUUCAGAGGAAAGUAGUCAUGUUGACCCAGAUGUACCUAGGCCACCCCGUCCACAUGUAUUUUUGCCGUCAUACAACAGCACACCAAGGAUUACUCCCCCAGACUCACCUCCAAGGGGUUUUGAACCGGUAUCACCGCCAAGGCGACAUUCAAUUUCAAUUACAUCAAUGAAUAUGUUUAAUGACAGGUCCUCAGUCUUUUCUGGUCACCAUAGUUCUCCAUUUGAUGCAGCAAGUCAAACAGGACGGACCAGAGUUGAUGGAAAGGAGUUCUUUCGUCAGGUCAGGAACCGCUUGUCUUAUGAGCAGUUCAGUGCAUUCCUAGCUAAUGUGAAGGAACUGAACGCACACAGGCAAACCAGAGAGGAUACAUUAAGGAAGGCUGAUGAGAUCUUCGGUCCAGAAAACAAGGACCUGUACACCAUCUUUGGGAGUCUAAUUACUCGCAAUCUUUCCUAGAGUCCUCCAAACUGAAACAUUUCCCAUGAUUAAUAGUGAUCCAGGUUUUACUGGUAUAUUGUGAUUAAAAUGUUUGCCAUUUUUUGUAUUCUAAGUAUGUAGAAGUCACCUUCUACCAUUGCAGAUUCUUGGUAUAUAGUUUUCUCAAUUUCUUGUUUACGUCAAUGUAGAGUCAUGGGUUGUCCGUAAGCUACAAUUUAUAUUUUAAUACAAAUGAAGGAAAGGAUUUAAUAAGAGGAAAUACCUUAAC